UUAUGCCACCAAAACCGAAAGAAACUGUUAAAAAGCCUACUCCGCAAGUAGCAAGGCCCAACGUUAGCGAUGCUUCUCUUAACUAUGUUCCUGAAGAUGCAGUGGAAGGAUACCAAGACAGAAUAGAGAACGGAAUAAAUUGGACUCUAAGUGAUAAUGCUGGAAGGUAUCAUAGAAAGAAGUGCCUUCAAGAAAAUAUCCCGCAAUUAUCAUUUUCAACCGCAUUGCAGAAUAAAAUAAAUAAAAGUAUACUAAGGGGUUUCUUCGAUGAAACGAAUACUUUGAGUUUAGAAGAGCAAUGGGAGAUUAUGUUACCCAUAACAUUAUGGGAUAACGAAAAAUUCGCAAACGAGGAAGGAAAAAUAUGCUUUAACAAUUGCAAUUGUAUCACGGAUAAUAUGAUUCAGCUUAUUAAAAAGGCCGUCAAAAUUAACGAUCGAAAAUGUUUGAAAGAAGACUUGAAACGGGUCACUGUGUUGAGAGUCAAUGAUAUUGAGAUGACGGAGCUGGAUGCAGAAUUAUUGGAAUUUAAAAAUCUCAUAACAUUAAAUUUGGCAUGUAACUUCAUUGAUAAAAUUGAUGCAAGCUUUCUACCUCCCGGAUUAAAACUGCUUGAACUUCAAGCCAAUCGAAUAAAUAAUCUUGAUCAUUUUACUGAGCAUUUACCAACGGAGCUCAUAUAUUUGGGAUUAAGCAGAAAUCUAUUAAAUGACGAGGGCAUCCAAGGUGUAGCGCGUUUACCUCAUCACAUCACGGUUCUCGAUUUGGCCGACAACGACAUCUAUGAUCUGAACUCUGUACUAGAACCUUUGGCACAACUGCCAUGUUUGACGUCUUUACAGUUGGCGGGAAAUCCGUGCUCGGUGUGUGCCGCAUACGCACGCACCACACUAACCCGUUUCCCGCGUCUCCAAUGGCUGGACUGUCGCGAAGUUCUCCCCACCGACCGGUCUGCAGAACCAUUUGAACCCCAUCCAGAUGAUCUGCGUUCAGCAUACUUUGACUUCACCGUAUUUCGUGUUAUAUCUGUGCCUCAACCGCCUAAACCGGAAAAGGGUGCUACGACAGCUUUUCAUAUUGAACUAGAGCUGCCCCUAUUAGAUUCUACUCGAAGACAAUUUCUAAUGUUCCGUCAAAACGAAUCUCUAAUUGAAAUGAUGCCACCACCAGAAGAUGAAGACUGGAACUUCUCCAAGCAAGCUUCUGCUGUGGAGAGCAAGAUGAUUCUUGAACCCGAAGCGUCAUCUCACGCGUCUGAUAUUUAUAACCGUUUAACUACCAAGAAUUCUCGCAUAAUUUGCCAUUACACCACAUUUGAGAGUAAUAAAGUGCAGUGGAAUAAAAUUAUGAACUUUCAAGAGCCAACUGUUAGGAUAUUUUGUCCGAAUCUAACGGCUCUGCGGGAUACAUUUAGGACUGUCGUCACGAUACGAUUGAUAUACUCAAUGACAUUCGCUGGCAAGCCAGGCAAACCGGACAAGAAAAGCGCAAUGUCGUUAAAGCCUCCAGGGGAGCAAAGAGUCACUCUGGCUACAAUUAAGUGCGCACUCAAGAGGCCCGACUGGAGCCAGCCACAGCAUUUCCACUGGGACGACUCGCUGGGCACAGAGGAUGCUAUACACUGGGGGGAUGGGGACCUUUCUGUUUUACAAUACAGUUUAGGCGCAGUGAAAACCGCAAAAGGCAAGCCAGAAAACGAUCCAUCUUCCUCAAGGCAGCUCCCACCAGAUAACUUGACUUGCCACUUUGGUUUCAGUAUUGAUACUGUACGAUCUUGA